ACCAACUAUCCCACAGUUACUGCAGAAAAACAGCGAAUGCUUUUUGGUUCAACAGUCCAAGGCAGUGAUUUUUUACGUAAACUUGCUAGACUUGCUGGUAUUGAUGAACAACAAAUUCGAUUACAAUUUAUUCAUGAACUUGAAGAAAUUGAAAGAUAUAAGACAGAGCAAUUAUCUGAAGCAUAUUUAUAUUCAGGCACAGAUAAAUCUUAUAAAAAAAACAAUAACUCUUCAGGUCUGAGUAUGACCAAAACUGAGAUUGAAAACUUGAUAAAAUCUAUGAUGUCAUCUAUCCAAGAAAUGAAGACUCAGCACUUUGUGCCAUCUCAACCGAUUUCUUCACAACCAUCUCAAUCAUACUAUAGGCCACAACUACCAGGAACCUCUCAAAUUAUACAAGAUACGAAUAUGACUAGAUUAAUACAAUGGCUUACUGGAGAGAUUCCAGAAUUUGUUCCUGUUCCCAAGCCUGAUUUACCCCCAAAACCAACAAUAAAGAAAGCAUUGUGA